AUGCUGCAAGCGCGAGGCCUGAGGAGCCUGUUCCUGCUCGGAUCCGCACUGCUGGCAGCUGCUGUGUACGGCGUCACUCGCUAUAGUCUGGCAUCUCUAUAUUCCGAACUUGCUGACACCCCAUCCAGACAACACACUUCCCGCCAGGAUGCCAACAUCACGCUUCUGGACGACUACGAAUACGUCGUCAUCGGCUCUGGGCCCGGCGGUGGUCCGCUAGCAGCGCGGCUGGCCAUGGCCGGCUACAAGACGCUGCUGAUCGAGGCGGGUGACGACCAGGGAGAGGACCUGAAGGAACGCGUGCCGGCCUUCCACGCUCAGUCGAGCGAGUACGAGCCGAUGCGAUGGGACUUCUGGGUGCGCCACUACGACGACGACGCGAGACAGGCCCGCGACAGCAAGUGCACGUACGACACGCCCGACGGCGGCCUGUACGCCGGCCUGGAUCCGCCCGAGGGCUCGACCAUGAAGGGCAUCCUGUACCCUCGCGCGGGCACUCUGGGCGGCUGCGGCUCGCACAACGCCAUGGUCACCAUCUACCCCCACGAGCAGGACUGGGAGUAUCUGGUCAACCUCACGGGCGACGACUCGUGGAGCGCGGCCAACAUGCGCAAGUACUUCGAGCGCCUGGAGAACGCCGAGUACCUCCUCGGCAACAACCUGGUCGGCCACGGCGUCGGCGGCUGGCUCACGACGGGCACGACCGACCUGACGCUGGUGCUCGAGGACGCGAAGCUGCUGCAGAUGGUCGUCGCCGCCGCCACGGCGCUGGGCCGCAACGUCAUCGAAAGCCUGCUCACCACCGUCACCGGCCUGGCCAGCCUCCUGCUGCUCGACAUCAACCUCCCGGGCAAGGCGCGCGACCAAAACACUGACCUGUACCAGAUCCCGCUCGCCAUCAAGGACUACGCCCGCAACGGGCCGCGCGACUUCGUCCUGUCGGUCGCCAACUCGGGCCAGUACCCCCUGGACAUCCGCACCCACUGCUUCGCCACCAAGAUCCGCUUCUCCAACGACACCACCACCACCGGCCAGCCCCGCGCCGUCGGCGUCGACUUCCUCGACGGCAAGUCCCUCUACCGCGCCGACCCGCGCGCCUCCCCCUCGGGCCAGCAACCCGCCAACGCCGUCCCCGGCCGCGUCAACGCCACGCGCGAAGUCAUCGUCUCGGGCGGCGUCUUCAACACGCCCCAGCUCCUCAAGCUCAGCGGCGUCGGCCCAUCCGCCGAGCUCGCCGCGCACGCCAUCCCGCUCGUCGCCGACCUCCCCGGCGUCGGCACCAACCUGCAAGACCGCUACGAGAUCGGCACCACCGCCACCUUCUCAAGCAACUUCACCGUCCUCGAGGACUGCACCUGGGGCCAGCCCGGCGACCCCUGCCUCGCGCGCUGGCAAGACAACCUCGCCUUCAAAGGCCUCUACGGCUCCUCCGGCCUCGCCCUCUCCGCGGUCCUCAAAUCAUCCAGCGCCGCGAGCUCCUCCGACCCAGCGGACCUGAUCCUGCUCGGCGUCCCCGUCAACUUCAAGGGCUACUUCCGCGCCUACUCCAACUACACCGUCGCCGACGCCCACCACUGGACCUGGCUGACGCUCAAGGCGCACACGCGCAACCGCGGCGGCACCGUCCUGCUGCGCUCCGCCGACCCGCUCGACACGCCCCUCGUCUCCUUCCACUCCUUCGACGAAGGCGGGGACGCCGCGGGGGCGGAGUUGGACCUGCAAGCCGCGUACGAAGGCGUCGAGUUCUCGCGCAAGAUCUACGACGCCCUCACGCCGCUGGCCGGCGAAUGGGAGCCCGUGAGGCCGCCGCCGGGGGAGGAGGCGACGAAGCAGUUCAUCAUGGAUGAGGCGUGGGGACACCAUGCGAGUUGUACGGCGCCGAUUGGCGCCGACGACGACCCGAUGGCGGUGCUGGAUGGCGAUUUUAGGGUUAGGGGCGUGGAGGGGUUGAGGGUCGUGGAUGCGAGCGCGAUGCCGAGGAUUCAUGGGUUUUUUAUUGCGAGCUCCGUGUAUAUGUUUAGCGAGAAGGCGGCGGAUGUUGUUAUUGCGGAUGCGGAGAAGAUGAAGGCGUGA